GAGCAUCAGUCCAACGAGCCAAAAGGAUUCAACUGACACUGAUAUGACUCAGAGAGAAGCAGCCAAUCAGAGGACAGCUGCUGAUGAAUGAGUGAUGAUGUGCUGAUGAAUGAUUGGACUGCUGCUCUCAGUGUUUCCACUCCAGAUGAAGGUGUGGACUCUGCUAUGAGUCAGUGUGAGGACAGAGAGGAGGGAGUCCCUCCCCCUAAACCCCCUCUGUGUGGGGACCAUGACAGCCAGACCAAAGCUCAGAGCCCAGAGAAGCAGCACGGACCUGGACCUGGUCUUGGACCUGAAUCUGGACCUGGACCCAGUUGUGUGUCCUUCAAGAGUUCAAAGGACCUUGUUAUUGAUUUUAAACAAAGAUAUGGAAAAAAGAAUCUGGAAGAACCUGAACCCAUCUGUGUGUCCAUGAAGAGUGACGGGUCUAUGGGUGAACCUUUAUGCUUCAAAGAUGGACGCCACUCUGUUGAUCAAAGAGUGGACCAAGAGAGCUCAGAGGGUCCCAGUGGUCAGCCUGCCCAGCAGCAUCAAACCCACCUGGACUCCAUCUUUAUGCUGCUGGAGGACGACAUUGUCACUUUUGUGAAGAACGAGCUGCAGAAGAUCCAGAAGGUUCUGAGUCCAAGUUACCCAGAAUGCUUAAAGAGUGAGAGGGAGGAUGAGGAGGUGUUGAACUGUGAGGAUGAAGAGCAGAGGAGGAGCAGCAGAGAGGCAUUUCUGAAGAUCACACUGCACUUCCUGAGGAGACUGAAGCAGGAGGAGCUGGCUGACCGUCUGCAAAGCAGAAGUCAUUGUGGAGUUUGUAAGCAUAAACUCAAAUCUAACCAGCAGAAGACGUUCCAGAGUAUGUUUGAGGGGAUUGCUAAAGAAGGAAACCCAACCCUUCUGAAUCAGAUGUUCACAGAGAUCUACCUCAUGAAGGGAGGGGCUGCAGAGGUCAAUGAUGAACACGAGGUCAGACAGAUUGAAACAGCAUCCUGGAAACCAGACAGACCAGAAACAACAAUCAGACAAGAAGACAUCUUUAAAGCCCCACCUGGAAGAGAUGAACCAGUCAGAACCAUGAUGACAAAGGGAGUGGCUGGCAUCGGGAAAACAGUUUUAACACAGAAGUUCACUCUGGACUGGGCUGAAGGCAAAGCCAACCAGGACAUCCAGUUCAUAUUCCCAUUCACCUUCAGAGAGCUGAAUGUGCUGAAAGAGAGAAAGUUCAGCUUGGUGGAACUUGUUGAUUACUUCUUUAGUGAAACCAAAGAAGCAGGAAUCAGCAGGUUUGAAGAGGUCGUGUUCAUCUUUGACGGUCUGGAUGAGUGUCGACUUCCUCUGGACUUCCUCAACACCGAGAUCCUGACUGAUGUUACAGAGUCCACCUCAGUGGGUGUGCUGCUGACAAACCUCAUCAGGGGGAAACUGCUUCCCUCUGCUCACCUCUGGAUAACCACACGACCUGCAGCAGCUAAUCAAAUCCCUCCUGGGUGUGUUGACAUGGUGACAGAUAUCAGAGGAUUCACUGACCCACAGAAGGAGGAGUACUUCAGGAAGAGAUUCAGAGAUGAGGAGCAGGCCAGCAGGAUCAUCUCCCACAUCAAGAAAUCAAGAAGCCUCCACAUCAUGUGCCACAUCCCAGUCUUCUGCUGGAUCACUGCUACAGUUCUGGAGGACAUGUUUGAGACCAGAGAGGGAGGAGAUCUGCCCAAGACCCUGACUGAAAUGUACAUUCACUUCCUGGUGGUUCAGGCCAAAGUGAAGAACAUCAAAUAUGAUGGAGGAGCUGAGACAGAUCCACACUGGAGUCCAGAGAACAGGAAGAUGAUCGAGUCUCUGGGAAAACUUGCUUUUGAGCAGCUGCAGAAAGGGAACCUAAUCUUCUAUGAAUCAGACCUAACAGAGUGUGGCAUCGAUAUCAGAGCAGCUUCAGUGUGUUCAGGAGUGUUCACACAGAUCUUUAAAGAGGAGAGCGGACUGUACCAGGACAAGGUGUUCAGCUUCGUCCAUCUGAGUGUUCAGGAGUUUCUAGCUGCUCUUCAUGUCCAUCUGACAUUCAUCAACUCUGGAGUCAACCUGCUGGCAGAAGAACAAAAAAACUCCAAGCUGUCUAGAGUCUUCAGAGACAAAACAAGUUUCUACCAGAGUGCUGUGGACAAGGCCUUACAAAGUCCAAAUGGACACCUGGACUUGUUCCUCCGCUUCCUCCUGGGUCUUUCACUGCAAACAAAUCAGAGUCUCCUACGAGGUCUGCUGACACAGAAAAGAAGUAGCUCAAAGACCAAUCAGAAAACAGUGGAUUACAUCAAGAAGAAGAUCAGUGAGAAUCUGUCUGCAGAGAGAAGCAUCAAUCUGUUCCACUGUCUGAAUGAACUCAAUGAUCGUUCUCUAGUGGAGGAGAUCCAACAGUCCCUGAGUUCAGGAAGUCUCUCCACAGAUAAACUGUCUCCUGCUCAGUGGUCAGCUCUGGUCUUCAUCUUACUGUCAUCAGAAGACAAUCUGGACGUGUUUGACCUGAAGAAAUACUCUGCUUCAGAAGAAGCUCUUCUGAGGCUGCUGCCAGUGGUCAAAGCUUCCAACAAAGCUCUACUGAAUGGCUGUGAGCUGUCAGAGAGAAGCUGUGAAGCUCUGUCCUCAGUUCUCAGCUCCCAGUCUUCUAGUCUGAGAUAUUUGGACCUGAGUAAAAACAACCUGCAGGAUUCAGGAGUGGAGCUAGUGUCAGUUGGACUGAAGAGUCCUCACUGUACAUUGGAAAUUCUCAGACUGAGUGGCUGUUACCUGUCAGAGAGAAGCUGUGAAGCUCUGUCCUCAGUUCUCAGCUCCCAGUUCUCUAGUCUGAGAGAGCUGGACCUGAGUAACAACAACCUUCAGGAUUCAGGAGUGGAGCUGGUGUCUCCUGGACUAAACAGUCCACACUGUACACUUGAAACUCUCAGACUAAGUGGCUGUAACCUGUCAGAGAGAAGCUGUGAAGCUCUGCCCUCAGUUCUCAGCUCCCAGUCUCCUAGUCUAAGAGAGCUGGACCUGAGUAACAACAACCUGCAAGAUUCAGGAGUAGAGCUGGUGUCAGCUGGACUGAAGAGUCCACACUGCAGACUGGAAACUCUCAGUCUCUCAGGGUGUCUGGUCUCAGAGGAAGGCUGUACUUCUCUGUUGUCAGCUCUGCGCUCCAACCCCUCCCAUCUGAGAGUGCUGGACCUGAGCUACAAUCAUCCAGGAGACUCAGGAGUGAAGCUGCUGUCAGCUGGACUUAAGGAUCCACACUGGAGACUGGACACUCUCAGGACGGACCAUGGUGGACCACAGAGACUGAGACCUGGUCUGAGGAAGUAUGUCUGUGAACUGGAACUGGACACAAACACAGUACACAGAGGACUCAAACUGUCUGACAACAACAGGAAGGUGACAUAUUUGGGAGAGGAUCAGUCAUAUCCUGAUCAUCCAGAGAGGUUUGAGUGCUGGCCUCAGCUGCUGUGUAGAGAUGGUCUGACUGGUCGCUGUUACUGGGAGGUCCAGACCAGAGGAUGGGUUUCUAUAGCAGUGAGUUACAGAGGAAUCAGAAGGAGAGGAAGCAGUAAAGACUGUGUGUUUGGAUAUAAUGAUCAGUCCUGGAGUCUGAUCUGCUAUGAUGAUCGCUACUCUGUCGGUCACAAUAACUUAGUAACAGACCUCACGUCCUCCUCUGUCUCUAACAGAGUAGCUGUGUAUGUGGACGUUCCUGCUGGCUCUCUGUCCUUCUACACAGUCUCCUCUGACUCACUGAUCCACCUCCACACCUUCAACACCACAUUCACUCAGCCUCACUAUCCUGGGUUUGGGGUCUGUUCUGGUUCCUCAGUGUCUCUGUGUCCUCUGCAGGACUGAGAGUCUCUCCUGUGGACAGAAACCCUGACUGAAGAUCAGCUGCUGAAAUCAAAGUUCAGUCUGUUCUCCAUCACACACUCCAGACCAAACAUGAAGAAUUUGUGCCUAUAAAUCACAUGUCAAUUUCACCCUUGGAGCCCAUCUAUCUCUACGCUCCUUUUCACACCCAAUCCCAAACUUUCACUUGUUUAGUCGUCCACAACUGGUUAGUUCUCUGCAGAUUUAAAAACAAGCCAACCGAUAAAAUUACUUUUGUUUACAGGAAGAGUUCCUUGAAAUUGACACGGCCUCUUAAGUUAAGGAAAAGGUUGUGGGUGGGCGGGACAACAACGGGUUAGGUUCAGGAAAAGAAGAACGGGACACGAUCCCCGGUCCCCUCUGUGAAAGUCCUGUGUUGUUUGACCCAUCCACCCCCCCCCAAAACCAACCUCCCAAUGCAGAUUUUCAGGCUUUCAUACUACUGGCUACCGUUGUGGCCCAUCACACUACGCCUUCUUCUCCUUGACUUUCCUUUGGCGUUGUUUUCCGUGGGGCCACCACCACCUAAUGCGCUGGUAACAGUUCUGUGAGACCAGGCUUGAUUGUGUUGAAACUUGAGACAAAUUGUCUGAUUAGAUAACGCUGUUUGAGAAACAAUGAUUGAUGGCAAUCUAAUGGAAGACUGAUUCAUAUCUUAUUGGAAAUUUAUAGUUCUCAGUUAAUAUAUUAAUACCAUAUUGUUGGUGAACUUGA